AUGACAUGCAUUGGAGGAGGACGGCAGCGGUACAUGUUCAAGAAUCAAUCGCCGAACGGGAUGCAAAAACAAAGCGCAGAAAGUCAAUCAGAACUUCGUCCAUUUUUUCGUACUGGCAAGGAACUAGUGUUUGUCAAGGAACCGACGCAAAUGCCUAGCAAUGAAACAAGUAUGCUGGCAGCAGGAUUCAUAGCAGCAUUUCAGGUAACUGAUAUCCGAUAUGCUGUGGCCUACUAUGGACCUUUCCUGAGGGAUAUUCCACGUCGAUUGGGCAACAGCACCGUACUAGAUUCGGCCGUGAGAGCCCUGUCAACUGCCUACCCGUUUCUUCAUACGGGCUCUUACCCACCAAAUGCACUCGUUCGCUAUGGACAAUCGCUGCGGGCACUACGGGAAUGCUUGAACAAUCCAGUCGAGGCCCGAAGUCCCAACACACUAUGUGCUGUAUAUUUGAUUACCAUCUGCCAGAGCUGGCUGGGGAAACACGACGACUCGCUCACUGGUCACAGCGAAGCUAUCGCUCAUCUCCUUAGGGCUGCUGCACUUCAUGAGUGGACAGGCAAUUUUGAGAUGGAGAUGGUAAUCACACUGUGUGUUCCUAUAAUACUCGACGGCAUCGUCAAACCCUGUAUCAAGAUGGACUCAGAGUUUUGGGAACUCAUCUCCUCCUUCAAACGUCGUCUGUCUGCCUCACGGGACAGCAAUCGGCCACAAUCAACCACCGAGCUGCACCACCUCGCUAUGUUCCCUGAAUUUGUCCUAAACCCCGACCUACACCUCGCCGAGAUUGCGAAGAGAUACAUGCAAUUGAGACUGGAUGCAAACCAGGUAAAACAAUAUCUGGAUCAAUCUGCAGAAUUCACUCUUGUGUCUUUCUCAUCCUCUGAAGUUGCGAGACACUCCCGUAUCCAAGCUGCUUAUGCUAUGCUUUGUACGCUGGCUGUGUUGUUAAACAGUCUUCUUCGAGUCUUUGAUCCGUGGAACGCUUCCUUAAUGAGUGAAGCAGCUUUUCUCUGUGAUGAGAUUACAAUUCAAGCUGAACUCGCAUCUUGCUACCGGCCGGUUGGGGCAGGGUACAUUCCUCUAUGCUUGGUUGUUGCUUGGGCGGCAUCGGAUAAUCCAAUCCAGUUGACGAGAAUUGAAGGGAUUCUUUCUGAAUACCAGUCUGACUUUGCGGACGUGCCAUGGAUGAGCCGUGCUGUCUGGUUAGCCUCCACACUGGAUCACCACCGCAUACGGAUUAUCUCCGUGAAAGAGUCUCUAGAACCCCCUUUAGAGACCGUCUCCCUGGAUUCUUUAGGAGGCAGUCGUGCGAGAAACAAGAAGCCUCCGGUACGCCCAGAGUCUUGCUGUAUUGUCUAG